UUCACGGACUGCAACGUGGUCACGCGCUACAGGCUCGGGUGGAUCACGGGGGCGGAGGUCGAGGAGUUCGUCCGGGGGUCCGAUCACCUGACAGUCAACAUCUCUGCCCUCAACGAGGGACCGCAGGGCCCCGGGUUCCUGAUGGUGAGAAUCCCGUGCGACGAGUGCGUGGGGAAUUCGAGGUCCGUCCAGGGCGCGGGCGCUCUCUACCUCUCCUUCCGCGUGUCCGACACGCCGAGCUUCUACGGCGUCGAGGACGUGUACACGCCGUGGAUCGGGCUCCACGACAGGUUCACUGGCAGUCUGCUGAGUUUGGUCGAUCGUGUCCACGUGCACUUUCAGUCCGACGUCAACCAGCUGACCGAGCUGUGGAGCACCCUGGCGGGGGGCGAGACCCUGGAGAUAGGCGCCGCCACUCUGUGGAUCCACGUCUGCAGCAUCGACACCGCGACCUACGCCAAGGUCAGCGUGUCGGACACCAGCAAGGCCGCAGCGGAGGCCGGGUGCUCCAUGUCGGCGCCGACGCCAGUACCGACGCAGGCGCCGCCAACGCCAGCACCGACACCAGCGCCGAUGCCGGCGCCGACGCCAUCACCGACACCAGCCCCACCGACGCCAGCAUUAGCACCGGUCUGCGAGACGACGAUUCUCAAUGUGUUGGAGGCCGAGCGAAGUUACAGUAGCGUCUUUAUCAAUGAUGCGCCCGGGACUGGCCAUGCCCAAUCCAUGCUUGACUCACCGCAGGCUUGGAGUGCUGCACGCAAGUGUUGCAACGAGUGGAUGCAGAUGGAUUUGGGAGGUUUAUUGGUGGUCAUGGGCGUUGUGACCCAAGGUCGACAUGGUGUAGCGCAAUGGGUGAGCAGUUACGUAGUGGCUACUUCGCUGGAUGGCGAGUCCUGGGAAGACGUCGACACCGUGUUCGAAGGGAACAACGACAUGGACACUCGGGUGGAUGCGAUGUUUUCGGCAGGAAGGGAUGCGCGCUACGUGCGCAUCAAGCCUCAGACAUUCGUGGGAUGGUUGUCUAUGAGAGCUGACGUCCUGAUCUGCGAGACGGCCAUUACUCCAGCGACUCCACCACCGACACUAGAACCGUCGCCAGCGCCGACGCCAUUACCGACGUCAGCGCCCACGCAGUACUGUGUGAAUGACCCUGCUGAUUGGAUGAGCGUGUCCGGAACAAGUUGCUCUGCUUAUGUAACGUUCCGAUUUUGCACUCGGUCUGGGGGCUAUGGCACCGGAUGGUCCCAGAGUUAUGGCACCUUCGCAGAUUGGGCGAAUGACGGGCACGACGCUACGACAGCAUGUUGCGAUUGCGGCGGUGGCCGCUUAUCAGAUACUCCUCCCACGAUCACGCCGACGCCAUCGCCAUCGCCAGCACCGACGCCAGCACCAACAACAGAUCCGUCGCCAUCGCCGACACCAGCACCAACGCCAGCACCAACGCCAUCGCCGACACCAGCGCCGACGCCAGCGCCGACACCAGAACCGACGCCAGCGCCGACACCAGCACCGACGCCAGCACCAACACCAGAACCGUCGCCAUCGCCGACACCAGCACCAAUGCCAGCACCAACGCCAGCGCCGACACCAGCGCCGACGCCAGCGCCGACACCAGAACCGACGCCAGCGCCGACACCAGAACCGACGCCAGCACCGACACCAGAGCCGACGACAGCGCCGACGCCUGCGCCGACACCAGAGCCGACAGCACUUCCAACGCCAGCGCCGUCUUCAGCACCAACGCCAGAGCCGUCGCCUUCGCCAACACCAGCACCGACACGGGCUCCCUGGUCUUACGAUACACAAUUCGAAAAUGCGUUUUGCCGAAAUCGUGGAGGUCUGGGUGGAAGGAAUAAGUUCUCAACCAACGUAGGAUCGAACAACGUUCAAUCAUGUGCGAUGUAUGUGCGAUCCGUUGCAGAAUGCGGCUCUUGGUUCAAUUAUGGACGGUUUGAUGGAUGGUGCGAUUGCGUCAGGGAAGUAGAUGGCGAUUGUUUACCACAAUCAUGGUGGGGUUAUGAUGUCUACAAGAUUCAGGCCAGCAUUCCAGCGACGCCAGCGCCGACGCCAUCCCCGACGCCAGAGCCUGCGCAGCACUGCGUGGAUUCCCCUCUUGGUUGGACCAGCUCGACCGGCGCAAGCUGUUCUGAUUAUGUAAAAUACCAGUUGUGCACCGAGUCUGGAGGCUACGGACUCGGGUGGCUACCGAGUUAUGGCAUUUUUGCAGAUUGGGCGAAGGACGGGCACGACGCCGCGACAGCGUGUUGUGGUUGCGGCGGUGGCCGCUUAUCAGAUCCUCCUCCAGAGUUGGAUUGCGUGGACGACCCCGAGCAUUGGGCAAGCAGUACUGGAGCAACUUGUGCUGUGUAUGGGGCGCGUAUGUUCUGCACCAAGUCUGGGGGCUAUGGGCCUGGGUGGAAUAGGUUGUGGGGCACGUUUGCAGAUUGGGCUGUCGACGGGCAUGACGCUUCAACAGCAUGUUGCGUUUGUGGCGGGAGCUCUUUGAGGCAGCCAACACCAGCACCAUCACCAGGACCCACUCCAGCGCCGACGCCGGCCCCAUCACCAUCGCCCACAUCUGCACCUUCGCCAGCACCGACACCAGAGCCAACACUAUUGCCAACGCCAGCGCCGACGCCAGCACCAACACCAGAACCGACACUCACACCGACGCCAGAACCGACGCCAACACCAACACCAGCACCGACACCAGCGCCGACGCCAGCGCCGACACCAGAGCCUACGCCAGAACCUACGCCAGAACCUACGCCAGAACCGACACCAGCGCCGACGCCAGCGCCGACGCCAGAACCUACGCCAGAACCUACGCCAGAACCGACACCAGCGCCGACGCCAGCGCCGACCACAGAACCAACGCACGCACCGACAGCAGAACCAACACCAGAGCCGACGCCAUCGCCGACACCAGCACCGACACCAGAGCCGACACUAGCACCAACCCCCUCACCGACACCAGAGCCAACACCAGAACCGACGUCAUCGCCGACACCAGCACCGACACCAGAGCCGACACUGGCACCAACGCCAGCACCGACACCAGAGCCGACACCAGAACCAACACCAUCGCCGACACCAGCACCGACGCCAGCACCGACACCAGCUCCGACACCAGCUCCGACACCAGAGCCAACGCUAUUGCCAACGCCAAUGCCAACCCCAGCGCCGACAUCAGAACCGACAGCAGCGCCGACGGCAGCACCGACGGCAUUACCGACGCCAGAACCGACACCAGCGGUGAAAUCCGAGCAGACACCAUUACCACAGGAGAUGCCGACGCCAUUCUGUACGGACUACCCCGUCGGAUGGGAAAGCAGCUCCGGAUUGCCUUGCUCUGCUUAUAGGGCAUACAGUCUUUGUACUGAGUGUGGGCGAUAUGGUCCCGGGUGGAAGAUGGAAUGGGGCACAUUCGCAGAUUGGGCGCACGACGGCUAUGAUGCCACGCAAGCGUGCUGCGUUUGUGGCGGGGGGCUCCUCGAGGUUUCUACAAGAGCACCGUCACCAGCACCGUCGCCAGCGCCGACGUCAGCGCCGACGCCAGCACCGACACCAGAACCGUCGCCAUCACCGACACCAGCAACCACUACGGCUUCUUGGUCCUACACUGCACAGAUGGAGGAUGCGUUGUGCAGAAACCGUGGAGGCUCAGGCGGAAGGAAUCAGUUCUCAAGCAACGUAGGCUCGCACAACGUUCAAGCAUGUGCGAAUUAUGUGCGAUCUGUUGCAGAAUGCGGCUCUUGGUUCAGUUAUGGACGGUUUGACGGCUGGUGCGACUGCGUCAGGCAAGCGGACGGCGACUGCUCACCCACAUCUUUCCGGGGCUAUGGUGUCUACAAAAUCCAGGCGCCGACCCCACCAGCAGCCCACAGCACCUUCCAGGCGGCAGAGCCUGUUGGCGACUGCGUGACGACGACUGCGGGCGUGCCAGAGCUCAGCCGACGAUACAGCACGGUCUUCGGCGGGGACGCGCCCGGGACGGGCCAUGCCCGGUCCGUGCUGGACUCUGUGCAGGCGUGGAGCGCGCACCCUCCACUGAUCGACCCCUGGAUGGAGAUGGAUCUCGGAGGUGUGGCGAUGAUCUUGGGCGUUGUGACCCAGGGCAGAAACACCGUACAGCAAUGGGUGACGAAUUACACCGUGGCUACCUCUGUAGAUGGCGAGUCCUGGGAGGACCCCGGCACCGUUUUCGUGGGAAACAGCGAUGUGGAUACUCACGCGGAGAAUCUAUUCGACACCAUGAAGGAGGCGCGCUAUGUCCGCAUACGUCCUCGGGGAUGGUACGGCUGGUUAUCUAUGAGAGCAGACGUCUUGCUUUGCGACUUGGAACCGGUGGUUACAACUACGGCAGCUGCUGUCGAUGAUGAUUGCGUGGCGACGAUUGACAAUCCGCCAGAGGCAAGCCGAAGGUACAGCAGCGUGUUUGCUGGUGACGCGGUGGGUACUGGCCAUGCCCGGUCCAUGCUCGAUUCGGUGCAAGCUUGGAGCGCUCACCCCCCACUGCACGACCCGUGGAUGGAGAUGGACUUGGGGCGUGUGUCUACGGUCGUGGGCGUUGUGACCCAGGGCAGGCACGCGGUACCACAGUGGGUGACCAGUUACGGAGUGUCUGUCUCGAUGGAUGGCGAAUUCUGGGAAGACCUCGGCCGCAGCUUCACUGGAAGCAACGACAAGGACACGUACACUGAGGGAUGGUUCGAUACCUUCAAGGUGGCGCGGUAUAUCCGCAUACGGCCUCAGGGAUGGCACAGUUGGUUGUCUAUGAGAGCUGGUGUCCUGGUUUGCGGUUCGGCGCCAACGGCUCCGACGCCGCCGACUCCCCUGGCUGCGGCCCCGCCGGGGGCCCAGGCGCCGCCGCCGCCAGAGACGCCCAGCACUGGAGAUUAGUGGCGACGCAGGAGAGCUUCAGCUCGAUCCUCUGGGUUGAGGUCGUGAAGGGGCCCGACCACCGCUGAGCCUGACGUCCGCAGCAGGUGGACCGGGCGCGGUCUCGGCAUUUGCUUGAGCUUCCUACCAACCCAUCCGUCAUCGUCCCCAUCAUCAUCGCG